AUGGAUGCUGCGGGAAGGGGCUGCCAUUUGCUGCCCCUGCCAGCGGCGCGCGGACCUGCCCGCGCUCCCGCCGCCUCCAGCGCCCUCAGCUCGACCGGCCUCUGCAGCGGCACCGCCUCGGCUUCUUUCGCGGCCGCCGGAGCGGUCGCCAUGAACCCCAGCUCCUCGGCGGGAGAGGAGAGAGGGGCGACGGGUGGCAGCAGCAGCAGCGGAAGCGGCGCCGGGAGCUGCUGCCUGGGCGCCGAGGGCGGCGCGGACCCGCGGGGUGCAGGGGCAGCGGCUGCUGCUGCCUUGGAGGAGCCCGCGGCCGCCGGACAGAAAGAGAAGGAAGAGGCGCUGGAGGAGAAGCUGAGGGACUUAACUUUCCGGAAGCAGGUCUCUUACAGGAAAGCCAUCUCCCGGACAGGCCUCCAGCAUCUGGCACCUGCACAUCCUCUUGGUCUUCCUGUGGCUAACGGUCCAGCGAAGGAGCCCAGAGCAACUCUGGACUGGAGCGAGAAUGCUGUGAAUGGGGAGCACCUGUGGCUGGAGACCAACGUUUCAGGGGACCUCUGCUACCUGGGGGAGGAGAACUGCCAAGUCCGAUUUGCAAAAUCCGCUCUCAGGAGGAAGUGUGCUGUCUGCAAAAUCGUGGUCCACACAGCCUGCAUUGAGCAACUAGAGAAGAUUAAUUUCAGAUGUAAACCAACAUUUCGGGAAGGAAGCUCCAGAUCACCAAGAGAAAACUUUGUGCGUCACCACUGGGUCCACAGGAGGCGGCAGGAGGGAAAAUGUAAGCAGUGUGGUAAGGGCUUCCAGCAAAAGUUCUCCUUCCACAGUAAAGAGAUUGUGGCCAUCAGCUGUUCUUGGUGCAAGCAGGCGUUUCACAAUAAAGUGACCUGCUUCAUGCUGCAUCAUAUUGAGGAACCCUGCUCCCUGGGGGCUCACGCUGCUGUUAUUGUCCCACCCACCUGGAUCAUUAAGGUGAAGAAACCUCAGAACUCCCUGAAGGCUUCCAAUCGGAAGAAGAAGAGGACAAGUUUUAAAAGGAAAGCCAGUAAAAGAGGAACUGAGCAGGAAACCAAAGGCCGUCCUUUUGUGAUCAAGCCCAUCUCCUCUCCUCUCAUGAAGCCUUUGCUUGUCUUUGUGAACCCAAAGAGUGGGGGAAACCAGGGAACCAAAGUCCUACAGAUGUUUAUGUGGUACCUGAAUCCACGGCAAGUCUUUGAUCUUUCUCAGGAAGGGCCAAAAGAUGCGCUGGAGCUGUACAGGAAGGUACCAAAUCUGCGCAUUCUGGCCUGCGGUGGGGAUGGAACGGUGGGCUGGAUCCUCUCCAUCCUGGACGAGCUGCAGCUGAGCCCACAGCCUCCCGUGGGGGUGCUUCCACUGGGGACCGGGAAUGACCUGGCGCGGACGCUCAACUGGGGAGGGGGUUACACCGAUGAGCCUGUUUCUAAGAUCCUGUGCCAGGUGGAAGAUGGGACCAUUGUCCAGUUGGAUCGUUGGAACCUCCACGUAGAGAGAAACCCAGACUUGCCGCCCGAAGAACUUGAAGAUGGCGUGUGUAAGCUUCCUCUGAAUGUCUUCAACAAUUACUUCAGCCUUGGAUUUGAUGCUCACGUCACAUUGGAGUUCCAUGAAUCCCGAGAAGCAAAUCCAGAGAAAUUCAAUAGUCGUUUUCGAAAUAAAAUGUUCUAUGCAGGGGCAGCCUUUUCUGAUUUCCUACAAAGAAGUUCUAGAGAUCUAUCCAAACACGUCAAAGUUGUCUGUGAUGGGACAGAUCUCACCCCAAAGAUCCAGGACCUGAAGUUCCAGUGUAUAGUAUUUUUAAAUAUUCCCAGAUAUUGUGCUGGCACAAUGCCUUGGGGAAACCCUGGAGAUCAUCAUGACUUUGAACCCCAACGUCAUGAUGACGGCUACAUUGAAGUCAUUGGAUUCACUAUGGCCUCUUUGGCUGCCCUGCAAGUUGGGGGCCAUGGAGAAAGGCUGCACCAGUGUCGGGAAGUGAUGCUUCUGACUUACAAGUCCAUUCCCAUGCAAGUGGAUGGGGAGCCAUGUCGGUUGGCACCUGCUAUGAUUCGAAUCUCCUUGAGGAAUCAGGCCAACAUGGUACAGAAGAGCAAGCGGAGAACCUCGAUGCCUUUGCUCAAUGACAUCCAUCAGGUGCAAGCUGCGGACCUGCGGCGAGUGUCUGCUCCCCCCGGCUCCUUCACCAUUCCCCAGUCUGUCCCAGAUCGCCUGAGGAUCCGUGUGAACAAAAUCAGUUUACAAGACUAUGAAGGACUCCAUUAUGACAAAGACAAACUCCGGGAAGCUUCCAUCCCUCUGGGUAUUCUAGUUGUUCGUGGAGACUGUGAUUUGGAGACUUGCCGUAUGUACAUAGACCGUCUACAGGAGGACUUGCAGUCAGUUUCUUCUGGGUCACAGAGAGUUCAUUACCAGGACCAAGAAACCUCCCUCCCCAGGGCACUCUCAGCUCAGAGGCUGUCCCCACGGUGGUGCUUCCUAGAUGCAACAUCUGCUGACCGCUUUUAUCGAAUAGACAGAUCUCAGGAACAUUUGCACUUUGUGAUGGAGAUUUCUCACGAUGAGAUUUUUAUUCUGGACCCAGAUAUGGCGGUAUCACAGCAGGCAGGGACCCCUCCAGGAAUGCCUGACCUGGUGGUUGAACAGGCUUCUGGGCUGUCUGACUGGUGGAAUCCUGCCCUGAGGAAACGUAUGCUGAGUGACAGUGGGAUGAUCACACCCCACUAUGAGGACUCAGAUCUGAAAGACUUCAGCCACUCCAGAGUGCUACAGUCCCCAGUCUCUUCAGAAGAUCAUGCAAUUUUGCAGGCAGUCCUCACUGGUGACCUUAUGAAGCUUAUGGAGAGCUAUAAGAAUGGAGGGAGCUUACUAAUUCAGGGACCAGGGCACUGUUCGCUCCUUCAUUAUGCAGCAAAGACCGGCAAUGGGGAGAUUGUGAAGUACAUCCUUGACCACGGACCUGCAGAAUUACUGGACAUGGCAGACAGUGAGACGGGCGAGACUGCACUGCACAAGGCCGCCUGCCAAAGGAACCGGGCUGUAUGCCAGCUUCUGGUGGACGCAGGAGCAUCUCUGAGACAGACAGACUCCAAGGGGAAGACACCCCAAGAGCGAGCACAGCAGGCUGGGGACCCAGAUUUGGCUGCUUACCUAGAAAGCCGACAGAACUAUAAGAUCAUUGGCCAUGAAGACCUGGAAACUGCUGUUUGACUCUUGUAGACAGGCAAGAAGAACUUGAGCAAGCGUAUCACCUACGCCCUCCCAGCCACUGGGCAGCUCCCCUGGAAGAAGCUAAUGGAAUCCAUAUUCGCCUCUCUCCUGCAAGGAUCUAGCUGAGAAUAUGCUACCAGGUUUCAAGGGCUACAGGGAUGUACAACAGGACGCGAUAGCCCAUUGAGAAGGAGGCAGGCUACCAGAGAUUUGUGGCGUACACGGUCCACAAAAUUUGAUCCUAUUGCUUCUAGCAAGUAGCAUGAACUUCUGUGUUCACCCAUCUAAUUUAUUUUAAAGAUUCUGAGGAUUUUCACAUAAAGGGCACUGCUCCCUCCUCCCUUUAGACAUUCACCCUUCCCCUGUACCUCACAAUUCUACUGUAAUCACCCAUCGAUUUAGAAACAAUGCUUUCGUCUCUUUAUUUUCUGUCUUCCAACCACAACAUUGUCUGAAAGGUCUUUGAAACCCUCCCGGAUGUCUUACAGAAAUAUAUCUAUAAAACCACUUCCAUUUGUAGACUAAAUAUACCAAGACUAACUAGUGGCUUUGCAUGCCCCACCCACCCACUCCCUCCCCACCUGGUUUCAUCACAUAGGAGCUGGGAAGUGCCACAGGGCUAAUGUCAACUUGUGUGCUCUUGUCUCUGGGGUAUGGUGAGGUGAUAUGGGAGCUGUCUGUGCUUGAGGGACUUCACAGAUGUUACCUAGAGGUAACCCAGGCAGCUGGGCUGUUGGUGAUAGGAAGGGCUGGUUCAGCUUGGGCUGUUUGUGCAGCUCUGCACUGCCUAUGUGCAGCCAUCUUGGCCUUCUGCUACAGUAGAGAUGAGCCAGGGAGUCAAUGAAACCCCAUAACUGCUUUACAGAGCUGUGUGAUUCUAAGUGCUGUUUCAAUGACAGGACUGAACCUGUCUUGGACAAUGGUUAUAGGAAACGGAGCACGCCAAAUGUUCAAUCCCAAUCUUUGUAAAAUGACAACAGAAAGCAGUCUAAUUGACUGGAAAAAAUUAGCAAAAAUCAAAGUAGCAAUGUAUGCUACAAGAACAGCCUUUGGCAUUUGGGGCUGAGGCUAAUAACUACAGCCUCAUGGAUGCAGUGGUGAAAGGCGGUUGGUGUGUGUUUUUCUAAGAGUUCAGUUUUCAUAACAUCAGGGAAGGCUUGACCCAAGGACAAAGCCUCAUUUUACCAGUUCCAUAGUCAGACUCUCAGGAUGCCUGGCUCUUCCUGGUCUGUGCUUGUCCUAUGACCUUUUAGGUUCUGAGAUCAUGACUGAUGACCCCAUUUUCUGUGUAUUAGGGGAGUCUAUUUUGAUCCUUUUCCUACUUUAUUUUCUCCUGGCACAAAUUUCUUAAUAUAAGCCACUGUGGCAGAAAUGGUUUCUAAAAUUGUCACUUCUGUUCAUGCUGUGGAUCAGGUGGGACCUGGUAAUAAGGAAGAGAAAAUAUCCAACUUUCUGUCCAAAAUCUCCUCCGCUUAGAGGGUAGGUCACAAAUACAAGUGGGGUAGGUAAUCUUUUCUGUCUUCUUUCUUCCAUCUUUCUCUUCAAUACAGCAAAAUGCUUCCUCGGCAUUUCUGCAUGUGACCUUUAACCUCACGGUCCAAUGGGGACAAUUUACUUAUCAGAAUCACAUAUCAUCAUUUUGAAAGAACCGAUACGAUGUGCCACAUUAAGUGUAAGGAGGCUUUGAGUGGGCAGGGAUUUCAUUACUAGAGACUCCCGAUAGUAAUUUCAAGAUCAAACUUGGCAUCAUAUCUAGCUGUGGGGAAAUGGGUUGGCUAAGAAUAAUAUGUUUCUAGGCAUCCAUCUCAGAACUGGAACUCUCUCUGGAUUAGAUCAUUUCCAGGAGUUGAAGUCACUGGGUUUGUGUUAGGAGUUUUUCAGUUGUUAGGGCUGUCAAGGAAAUAUUGUGAUGACAAACAUAAUCCUUAGAAUGGACUGGAACCUGGCUUUGAGUAGAGCCUUCCCCCGCCGCUAGAUUGAGCCAAGCAUUUGGCCAAGCAGUUGGUUAUCCAGCUGGCCACUGCUGAGAUGCAGGACUAUAUUUUCAUCAACCACCAUCUCAGAUUUCUCUGAGAAGGUUUCAAAACAGCCCAGAGAAAAUUUAGGAUAGAGGUGGUUAUGGGCCAAUUCCAAUAACGCUAACUAAGAUAACUAAGUCCCUAAAAUGAAGGUAGAUGCAGUACUGACUACUGUAAGGGUGCCAGGGCUGUAGAAAUUUAUUCUCAAACCCCUAAAAAUAAUUUAGAUCAUACAUUACUGCUGAGGAGCAAUAUACUAUACAUGAUCCAUCUCUGGAAAAUAUAGCACCUCUAAAACUUGGGAUGCCAAGAAAAUGCGAGCAAAGAAGCCACAGAUUUCAUGAUUUUAACAACUUUAAGUCUACCUCCUGUAGGAUGUUUUGUUUUGUUUUGUUUUGUUUUGUUUUGUUUUGUUUUGUUUUGUUGUUUGUUAUGUGUGAUAGUUCUGAGCAUUAGAAAGAGCUAAAGCCAUGUGGUCUAAGAGUGUCUGACUCUGCUUAGGCAUAUAGUGUCACAUGUAGUGAGCCAAAAGGAGGUAUGGAAGAAAAUACCUUUAUCAGAAAAUACUUUAUCAGAAGCAAAAAUAUGUACUUGUAAAAAGUCAUCUUUACACACCCUGCUGGGGAUGUUCUGCAAGGAGCAGGCAGCCUAGCUGAUUCUCUGGUGUCUGGUCUUUUGUGUCUUCCCUGGAAUUCUUCUUUAAAUUACGCUGGUGAGAUCAUGAAAAAUGACGUGUUAUUAAAAGAGAGCAUUGUAUAGCAGUAAAGGUAAUAAUUUUUUGUGACCUUGUAUUACAUAGACCAUGAAACAUUAGCUCAAUCCUUGACACUAUCACAUUUGCCAACACAAGAGAGACAGGAGAGAAUUAGUUACCCUAGAAGGAUAAACAGCAUGACUUGGAAUCUUGCCUUGAGAUUUCUGGCUACCACCAUCGAGGUGAUGAUUGAAACCCAGUGGGAGUUCUGAAGCAGAAUUCAGCUGCAGCGAAAUUAGUAAGAAAUAGUAGAGGGCUCCUGUGCCCUGCUUCUUCCUGUUUUCCCUGAAGCUGCCCAGGCACAUUGGUCUGGGUUCUGAGAUGCUCAACAGGUCAGUCCUUUCCCACUGGGACCGCGUAGCGACUCCUUUGCAUAAUGGACCCCUGAAAUGUACUUGCUAGGAUCUCUAGGAUAUUCAUCCCUAAGAAAAUAAGGUAUAGCAAUUUCAUCUUACCGUGUCAAUUAUAUGAAUACACAGUUUAGUUAUGAAAGUAGCACAUGCAUUUCAUAAAAGUUCUAACUCCAUGGGAAGCGUCCCAUGAGCGUGAAGGAGUUCUCUGUGCUGGUAUCCAUCUCAGUACCCAUCAAGAAACACUGUCAAUGUGGACAAACAUGCUUGCUUGUAUGUUAUGUCAGAAAUUUCUCAUUCAUAUACACACAUAUCUGUACAUGCCACAUAUAUCCACCAUACAUAAAUAGAAAUGUAUUUAUUUGUAUACAUAUAUGGGCAUAUGUACCAUACACACAUAUUGCAUAUGUUUAGAAAAGACAUCUUAAAAGCAUGCAAAUCAUCUUUACGUGUAUAGUUAACACUCAUAAGCAAUGAUUGGUAAAGAAACAGGAUUUUCUUUUAAUUAUUAUUUCCUCUAUUCCUGAGCUUACAUCUAUCCCUGCAUCGCUACAGUCACACAUGGCAUUGGCUAUUGUCAGUCAUAAGGUCCAUAAUCAGUGAGUCUUCUGAUUAUUUAUAUGUUGCCUUCCAUAAUACAGGAAACCACCCUGAAUCCUGUGGCUUGUCCAUUCUAUUUUUAGAUCUCAAGGCGGCAGAGGAGAAAUAUUUCUUCCCUGAUCUCCAUACUGCUUUACAGCUGAGGUUAUAAGCCUAGCACCCAGUCAGAUUUCUAAGGCUCUUUAACUAGGGCAAGCUGUUGUUGAGGAGCAAGGGUACUUGGGUUUGGUCUGGGGUUGGAGCAGCUUGUCUUCCAGUAGGAGAAGCUAAUUAAAUCAUUGAGCACAGCACGCUGUUUUAUUCAGUUAUGCUCUUUAAAAGUAAAAAUAGAUCUUCGUUAAAAAUGGCUCCCCAUAACCACCAAGACUGCUAAUUGUUCUCUCCAACUAAAUUAUGCUCAUGUUAGGGAAAGAAAGACCAUGUAUUAAAUUAGCUAUCUGAACACACUGUAAUAUGUAUUUAGUAUAAACUCCCUCUGCCCACGUCUCAGAAAAUGCUGCCUUUGCAACUCUCGGUUCUUCUCAGGACUGAGCUCCACAGUGAACUGAUGAAAUGUCUUCUUCCAGUAUUAUCAUCACUCUGGCUAAGGCAACAUUCCUGGUACCACUGCCUAUCACUUUGUUUCACGACUGCCUAAAUCUUCCCCAUGUUAUGAUAAAAUUAUAUCAAGAUAAAAUUUCCCUUUGGGAGCAAAUACCAAUGUUGGCCAAAGAAUAAGUACAUGCCUACUGACCAUGGGCACCAUAUAGAAUUAUGACCAGGCGAUUCUUAGAAGCAGAAGCAGUCAGGGAGGUUUAUUUUGUUUUUGUUCUGGUGACCUGAGAGGUAACAGUCAUAGGCACUCCUUCCACAUCAGAUGGUGUCAGCAGUGUGUGCUUUUAACAUCACCCAGGGAACUGCAUUGUAUAUGGGUUAUACCCUUGAGGGCAACCUAUGGAUUUUAAGGCUGUUAAUGCAGCUUAAUGAGAAACCCCAAAGCACACUGAACAGUCCACUCAUGCAGAACACUGAAAUUUAUUAUUCUGGUCCCAAACAGGAAACAAAACAAUCCUAAAGCUAUUAAAGCAAAUACAUCAUUGCAGAACCUGAAUGUUGAAUGGCGUGUCACUCCAGGAAAUACUGAUUAUAUAUGUAUUCAAUCAUGCUCAUCUAAUAAUAGGUUCGGAAACCUGUCUUAUUUUUUUUAAACAUUUUUUAUUUUAUUUAAACAUUUCAUUUUUAUUCUUUUUAAACAUUUCUUUCAAAAUACCUAUUACUCAUUGCAAUACUCAGUGAAAAUAUAGCUACUUAUGAAUGAAGUGGAUAAACAACUUCUGCAGACAGGGAACAAAAGAAAAAUCUAAAUACUUUAAAUUCUUUAAUGUGUCUGUCUGUCUGUCUGUCUGUCUGUCUCUCUCUCUCUCUCUCUCUCUGUGUGUGUGUGUGUGUGUGUGUGUGAGGACUCUAGGGUACCUCAGUAUGUCCUGAAAGUUCAACAGUCAUGUUUGUUACUCUGGCUAGCAUACUAGUUCUGUACAAGCAAAUGUUAAAUAGGAAAGCAAUAGUAUUAUUUUGUAUUUCAAUUUCCUUGGAAUCCUAGUAAUGGUCUAAAAAAAUAUCCUUGAAACUAAAGCUUUAAGGUGAAAGUUAGAAACUCUACUUAAGUAAAGGCUAAGAUUUAUUUAUCCCAGCCCUCGGGAGCUAAACCAGGAAUAAUAAGCAGAAUUUUCAAUGGGUUUUGAUUAAAUAUAAAGAAGAUGAAGUAUGAGUUGCCAAAUAGUGCAGUGGGCAUGCAUACAGAGUUACAAAAUUUCAACAUCUGGAAGCACUUAGAUGGGGGAUAUUUGACCAUCUUUAGGCAUGUCACUAGUAGGCACUCAAGAUCCGAAGGGGCUGCAAUUACAUUGUUAUUUUUUUUACAUCAUCUUGAAAAUGGCUUUGUCUCGUGGCAACAUUUGAUCUUUAAAAAUUCAUGAGAACCUUGAUUUCUUAAAACAUCACUUAACACACAAAAGGAAGUUUAAAACAUUGGAGGGAGUGGUCUUUAGUUCUCAUUUAAAAACGUUAAAACUAAGCACAGAUUAAAGAACUCAGAAAAUGAGAACAUAUAAAGAGAUAAAAAUUCAAAAUUCUUCUGGAAACAUUUUGGGUGUUGAUGAAUAUUUUUGGACAUUCUCAAGAAAAUCCUUAUUGGAAAUCUCACUAUUCUUUCAAUAUAAAAAAAUUGCUGUGAUUUGAGAUUCUUAGAAUUAACUGUAACCUAAUCACAGAAGGAAAUUCUGCUGGGGAUCCUUAGAAGCUAAGUAAAUGCAUAUGAAAGGCACCAUGGGAAAUCCCUUGACUUCUGGUACCAGCAUGGUAACCACAAGGGAAGAAAUUCAGAACAAAACAGUGAGAUAGGUUUUCUCUCUGCUUCCAGUGUUCUAGUACCUAGAGGCCAGUGGUAUCUGAAUUGGCUGCCUUUGGUAGUGGGAGCAACUGGGACUCUUGUUUCUCAGCUCUUUGUUAAGACACACAUAUGGCUUACAAUACAAAGUAAUUUAAAACAAUUAAACUAUUGUUUAUUAACAACUUCCCUAAGGUUUUUUUUUUAAUCAGUGCUAUGAUAGUUUGAUGCAUUUUUGACAGUUUUGAGCUUUUAUAUCUGAUAUCGUUCCAUGCCGGGGAUAAUACAGGUAUAUUCCAAAUGAACAAACUGGGUUUUGGCAUAGUGAAUUCAACUUGCACAGAAUCACACAGUCACAGGGUCCCAAUCAGAUUAGGGAGCUCUUGAAAUUUCAGACUAAUGUACACCAAAUUGAUGCUUUCUGGGAUAAUACUUAUCCACCAUUGCCUUCAAUGGAGCUUUAGAGCUGAUGUUCAGGUCUCCAUGAUACCAAGUUUCUCCAUUAAAAAAAAAAAAAAUCUAUCAGAGAUGCCACAGCCAAGUUGAGUAGAACCAAGAGACAUCUUAAAUUUAGAAUUCCAGAGAUUGUUAUCCAGAGUCAUGCCAGCGAGAACAAAUUUCAAACACAAAAGGGUUCAAGGUUUGGAUACUGUGGUAGAUUUCAUGCAAAGAAGCUUGUUCUAAGGUUUGAUGACUUCUCUGUUUUGUUUGAGAUCUCUCUCUCUCUCUCUCUCUCUCUCUCUCUCUCUCUCUCUCUCU